AUCGGUCCAGUCAACCGCGUGGCUUUCGUGCGUAUUGUUCGACGUUACUGUCGCCGCCGUCGUCGCCGUCGUCGCCGUCGCGUAAAGUGACAUGAAACACAUCAGAAAAUCAAAAUAAUCACUAUAAUACCUUUAUUUCUGGUACGAUAUCAGAGAAGUACCUAAUCUUACACAUCGACCGCCAUAUACUGGACUACUGUAUAAUAGUGUUUCGGAAUAAUUUUUGUUACCGUGGUGAUUUAUUUUUUAAAAAAAUUUUUAUGAAAUAAGUACCUACAUACUGGGACAACUACUACGGUCACCACACAGAUCUACAAGAGAAGAUAACAAUUAUAAAAAAAAAAAAAAAAAAUGGCACAACUAGUCUUAAACUUUAUCGACAGUUACCACGACAUAAUGGACAACAAAAGUGAUCCCAGAGUAAACGGCUGGCCGAUGUUGUCCAGUCCAUUCCCGACGCUGUUUAUUUGUCUGUUCUACGGUUACUUUGCCAAGACUCUCGGGCCAAGACUGAUGGAAAACCGAAAACCUUUUCAACUUAGAAAAGUUCUCAUAGUUUAUAAUGCAAUACAAACGAUGUUCAGCGCUUGGAUAUUCUAUGAAUAUAUGAUGAGCGGCUGGGGAGGAUCGUACAGUCUAAAAUGUCAGCCGGUCGACUAUUCCUAUAGUCCGAUGGCCUUACGAAUGGCCCAAACUUGCUGGUGGUACUAUAUUUCUAAAUUCACCGAAUUUUUCGACACGUUGUUUUUCAUACUCAGGAAGAAGAACCAACAAGUGUCGACGUUGCAUGUCAUCCACCACGGAUGUAUGCCGAUGAGCGUCUGGAUGGGAAUGAAAUUCGCCCCCGGCGGCCACAGCACUUUCUUCGCGUUGCUCAACACGUUCGUGCACAUUGUUAUGUACUUCUACUACAUGGUGUCGGCGAUGGGACCUAAGUACCAAAAAUACAUUUGGUGGAAGAAGUACCUCACCUCAUUCCAGAUGCUACAGUUCGUAUGCAUUUUCGUCCACCAGUUCCAACUGUUGUUCCGCGAAUGCAACUACCCAAAGAGUUUCAUGGUUUGGAUAGGCCUACACGGCGUCAUGUUCUUGUUCCUGUUCUCAGACUUCUACAAAUCCAAAUAUACCAGUGACGGUAAACGGAGACCGGCAAACGACGGAGCUUGUAUGCCGGUGGAGGGAGCGAGUUACAGCAAGUGUUCCUCCAACGAACACGACAACGUCGUGUACUAUUCGAACGGCAUCGUCAACGGUUUCAAAACGACUGAAGACGCCAAAACCAAAUAGUUAUGGGCCGAUACGAUUAAAACGUUCCUAACCGAAUGGAGGAAAACAGCUGGCGGAUAUAUGACACAAUCACCAAUAAUAUAAAGCACACUCAAAACAAAAAUAAAAAUAACGAAACACAAUAUAUAAUAAUAUAAAAAUGAAUUAUUUGAAGAAAAAAAAUGUCCAUAUAAUAAAAAAAAUAUUUAAAACAAAAAAAUUAAAAAAUUAAAACUAAAAAAAAACGAAAAAAUGUGUAUAACAUGCAGCAGUAAAACUUUUACGCUGUUCGUCUGAGGUAUUAUACAUGUAACAACAAAAUAUUUAAUACGUAUAAACAAAUAUAACUUAUUAACUAAAACAAUAAUAAUAUGUAUUGUAUGUAUAAUAUGCAAAUUAUGUACAAUAUUGUAUAUUAUACGUAAAUACUUAUAUAUUAUUUGAUUUAAAGAUCCAUUUAGAUUUUCAAUUUUAAUGUAGUGCAUUUUUUUUUAUACAAAUUUGUAAUAAACGGUUUUUUUCUUCAUUGGAACCCAGUAUUAUUCGCGAAUUGGUGUGAAAAUGUGUGCAAUGCUUGAAGUACUUAUAUAUUGUUAUCGGUAGGCAAAUUUCGGGGGAUGGGUAUAAGUAUAUUGUGUAUGUCUAGAGCAUCGAAUAACCUUUUUUUUUUUUAGUAACUCAUACACUUUGUUAUGAUAUAUAUUAUAUACUUAACGUUCGAAUUAUAUAUACCCAUCCCGGUGGAAUUCUCUCUCUUGUUUUCACUCGAAAUAUAAUAAAUACGAAUCAAUAAACUACAUAAUAUUACAAUAUUAUAUAAAUAUAUUCAAAAUGAAUAAGAUAAAACGGAAGAACAGUACAAACGAUAUUAAAUACACUAAUUAGGUAUAGUUAUUUUGGAAUUGUGUUACCUUUCGUAUAGAUUAUGUUAUUAUGAUAAUUUUAAAUUUAUAUUUUUUCCCUCGUUUCCCAUAUAUUGUUGUUUACAAUGUAAUACAUACGGCAACGAAAAAUAUAUGUAGAACUCUCUAAGUAUAACCUUAUAUAUAGUGUCAACGAUAUAUAUGUAUGUAGAUUGUAAGAACGUGAGGCCAUCGUACUUUUCUGAAUCAGCGUGUUUUUUUUUUACGAUUUUAGUCAUAUUAUUAUAUAUAUUUACUUUCUUUUUUAA